GGUGGUUAACUUGUUGCGCUCGUCUCGUCCGAAGUGAAGGCAAGGAGGCUUCAGAAAAACCCCACUGUCAAAGAACUUUGUGGAAACUUGUUUUUGUGUGUAUACGAGUGUGCGUGUGGGUGCGUGUGAAUGUAGCUGCAGUGGUUACAUCACCUAUAUACCCCAAAACGACAGUCGAUCGGCUGAUUCACUGAUUCUCCUGGGAUAGGAUUCAACCCGGAGCUGAGCUAUGAUCACGGACGCGGUGUAUGGUUGGGGUCAGCCGUCUCCGAUCAGCAACCAACAACCAAGUAAGCCCUACCUGGAGAUCAUUGAACAGCCCAAGGCCAGGGGCAUGCGCUUCCGCUACAAGUGUGAGGGGCGCUCGGCCGGGAGCAUCCCCGGGGAGAAGACCAACGACACCACCAAGACGCACCCCGCCAUCAGGGUGAACAACUACAGCGGGCCGCUGCGUGUCCGCAUCUCCCUGGUAACUAAGAAUGCCCCGCACAAGCCCCACCCCCACGAGCUGGUGGGGAAGGACUGCAAGCACGGCUACUACGAGGCGGACCUGCAGGCCAGGCGCGUCCACAGUUUUCAGAACCUGGGCAUUCAGUGUGUGAAGAAGAAAGAUGUGACGGAGGCCAUCACUUGCAGGCUGCAGACCAACAAUAACCCCUACAACAUUCCGGAGGCUAAAGUGUGGGAGGAGGAGUUUGACCUGAACGCGGUGCGUCUGUGUGUCCAGGCCACCGUCACCCUGCCCACCGGGGAGACGCUCAGCCUCGAGCCCGUCGUCUCACAGCCCAUCUAUGACAACCGUGCCCCCAACACAGCAGAGCUGAAGAUCUGCAGGGUUAAUAAGCACUCUGGGAGCUGCAAGGGAGGAGAUGAGAUCUUCCUGCUGUGUGACAAAGUGCAGAAAGAGGACAUCGAGGUGCGCUUCUUCAAGGACUCGUGGGAGGGCAAGGGCAGCUUCUCGCAGGCCGACGUCCACCGGCAGGUGGCCAUCGUGUUCCGCACGCCCGCCUACCACGACGCCAACCUGGGCGGGCCCGUCCACGUCAAGAUGCAGCUCCGCCGGCCCUCGGACCGCGAGGUCAGCGAGCCCAUGGACUUCCAGUACCUCCCCGCUGACCCCGAUGAGUACCGGCUGAUGGAGAAGAGGAAACGCACGGGAGAAAUUCUCCAGAGCUUGAAGAUAGGCAACAUAAUGCCCAUUGUCUCCAAUCCCCAGGAGAGACGGCAGAUCGCCGCGCCGAGGAGAACGGUCCAGGCCAAAGCGCCCACGAUGGCCGUAGCUUCAGGCAUGAACCCUGUGGUCCGUCCCAUGGUCGGAGUUGCCAAGCCCCCCCAGCAACAGCAGCAACAGCAGCAGGCCUCCUCCUUCUCCUACAUCCAGCCGGGACAGCUCUUCUCCGUCCCCCCCAAGGUGGAGUCCUCCCCGGCCUCCGCCUCCUCCGUCAGCCAGCUGUGGAACACGGCCCCCCUGCCCAAGGUCCCCCUCCUGCUGCUGCCCUCGUACACCACCAGCUCCGCCCUGUGUCAGCCCUCCCCCUUCUCCGCCGCCGCCAACACAGAGUUCUCCACAGUCAACCUCUCCGACCUGGUGGACAUGUCCUACCCCACCUUCUCCGACAUCUCCACGGCCGCCGCCGCCGCCGCCUCCUCCUCCUCCACCUCCUCCACCUCCUCCUCCUCACAGCAGCAGCAGCAGCAGCCCGCCCCCUGCUCCUCCUCCCAGUUCCGGGUGGAGGACAUCCCAGAGUUCCCGAGCUUCAGCAACGGGAGCAUCCUGGACGGCAUCAUGGACGACUUUGAGGAGCUGCUGAGCCAGAAGCUUCAGGCUGAGGGGGGCAUCGGCGGGGCACCCGGCGGUCCUGCCCACCCCGCCCUGCCCCUGCACCAGCACCAGCACCAGCACCAGCAACAACAACAACAACAACAACAACAACAACAACAACAACACCACCACCACCUGCAGCACCAGCAGCCCGCGGGCCCCUCCUCUUCCUCCGCCUCCUCCACCUCCUCCCAGAACAACAACAGCACUCCCAGCAGCAGCCAGACUCCCACGGACCCCGGCGCCAUGCCCGGGUGCACGUGGAUGAACUACCCCAACAGCAUCGUCAACCUGCUGCAGAGCGAGGGCAUGAUGCCCGGCUCCCCGGGCCCGGCCUGCCAAAACCCCAUGCUGCUGGAGGACUUUGACAUGCUGACGUCGGCCGACGAGGAGCGCUUGAUGUCCCUCCUGAAGGAGUGACAGCGGCGUCGUCCAAUCACGUUCUUUUGCCAUGGUUUUUUUCUUUUUUUGGACGCGAGCGGCCUGACCACACGGUCAUGGCGGUUAACGAAGACGCAAACAUUGGAAAAUGUUCGGCAAGACUGAGUGUCAACAAACAUGGCCGCUCCGGGUUGGGAGUAGGGGCCGACCGGAUGGACUGAUGCGCCGUAGACGCUUUUGUAAUCGUCAAUAAGAGGUUUCGGCAAUCGGAAAAUAAUUACUGGUUAUAAUCAAGAUUCAUUGAUUUGCAAUAUUCUGUAUUUUAUCAUUUUAUUCUUACCACCUUGAUUAGCUCUGGUGGAUAUAACUGUAAUACUGUUAUCUAUUUAGGUGAACGCCUAUGUUAACCAAAAAUGGGCCUAACUGCCGUGUUUGAUAUUUUCUAAAUGUAGGCAGAAGCUGCACAGGCUCCUGGAUACAGUGAAUCCCAUAGGCGCAUGUAUGUACUAUAUAUACAUUUUUAAAUGUGGGCUGUUAAGUCAUUUCUUUAAUGCAUGUCCUCGUCUUUAACGUGGUUGAGAUACUCCGAGGGAAAUGCAGUUUUUACGGCAUUGGACAAGGAUGAGUGUCCAUUUUGUAAAUAAUUCCAUCUGUACACACACCACACAAAAUGCCGGUAUUAAUGAAUUCAGUUAACGGUGUUAGCUUUACAUUUUUAAUGUAUGUUCAUGUAUGUGUUUGACAUGUUUUUUAUGUUGUCCCGUCGCUACUAAUUCAACCUCACUUCUGCAUCACAUUCUCUUAGCAGUAGCUGUAGCCUGCCUGUCGCUCAAAACACCUGCCUCGUUGAAAAGAGAUUAAUGUAAAAGGGUCAUAUUUUGUAUAAAUAAAAGCAAGCGGUUUAAAGUA